CACAGUUGGGUGGACUGGAAUUCCUCAGUACGGAGUCUGGUUGGGCACACGCAGGCAGCAGGAACUCGCUGGUCGUCCAGUUGGCGAACUGACGAAGUUGUCUUCGGGAACUUGAAGGCUCAAAACAAAACCACUAUGACUUCGACGAACAUGUUUCAAGGGCUGGAUACUGGCUCAAAACCAAGUUCAAGGGUGUUGCAGCCUCCUGGAGGUGGCUCCAGUAACUUGUUUGGUGGCUAUGAAGAUGAUUCUGCGGCAUCAAGGAGACCUAAUAAGAUGGCCUCUAAAGUUUUUGCUCCACCAGAGGAGCCCCAGAGUGUGCCCAGACGUUCCAAUCCUCCAGGUGGGAAGAGUAGCGGAAUAUUUGGGGACCCUGAACCUCCUGCUCAACCACAGAGACCCAUACCACCAGGUGGAUCAACCAGCAACAUAUUUGGGACUGCAGAAAUUGCACCUGUGCAAAGCCCAAACAGGAGCCACCCAAAUAAGCCAAAGGACAAUCUAAGUGUGGGACCUGAAACUGAAUCACCAGGCUGCAAUGCCCUGGCAUCUCUUCAAGCACCCGAAGCCAAGGUCAGCCAACCUGAGGUGAAGGAAGAAAUUGCCCCCCCAGCCCCCAUGCCAGCCAAGGAAGAGCCUGCUGCUGUGUCAGCCCCCCCAGAACCAGAACCCACUUCUUCCUCCUCUUCACCUCCUAAUGAGAGUUCACUGAAGAACCACGAGCCUCACCUGGGACCCAGGCCCCGCUCUCACAACAGGGUCCUCAACCCACCUGGAGGAAAAUCGAGUGUGGUAUUCUACUGAUCAGCUGAGCACACCACUCCUCCCUGUUUGUGUCCAUACACUCCUUGUCUGCUCCCCUGUUAAUCUUCUCUCAUUCCAACAUGCCUCUCCCCAUGGUUAUUUCACCUGUACAUCUAAACACAGACCAGGAAUUUUGUUCUUCACACCGGGUUCCUGGUCAAAUAUGUUGCCCUCAACUUCUUGCACUUUCAGUCCUCUUUCUGGUUCCUUGCUCUUUGUCCAAGUCUUCAUGUUCUUCUUCAUUGAAACCUGCAGUCAUGCAAUCACCCACCGGUCAAUCGACAGGCUAGCUAGUACUUAGUCACCUUGACUGUGACUCUCUUCAAUCUCGAUAAUACGGUUACAUUUUCACUGUUUCUGUGUUUGAGCACAUGUAAAUGUAGUUUGGUUUAAGGCACAGUUAUUUGUCAUUUUGAAAAUUUUUUGCAUCUCAAAGGUUUAGACAUCGGAAGUAGCUUUAUGUGAUUGUGGAUUCAAAUGAUCUCGUGUGACUAAAAUCCUUGCUAAAAUUCAUUGCAGACAUUUGCUCAAAUUUGUUUUAAGCCUUAAUUUUUUCAGACAGGAGGGGGUGAAUAGAUCUUUUCACCAUUGUAAUAUGUGAAAUGUUUCAGGGAGUCCCAAUAGUGCCACCUUUUAUGCGCUGCCAGACCCUUAUUGGAUGACUACAUAAAACCUUUUGUUUAGCUGUUAUUCCAAAUACGUGUGUUGGACUUAAACCAAUGACAUAACAAUCAGAAGCCUUAUAACAUCUAAGUGUUCUUUCUUGCCAUGUCCCUAUUUCAACAUGUUUCUACAUUAACGAUCUGCUGUCAGAGCACAAACCCUGUUCAGGGAGAGAUGCCAAAAACCUGAAUUUGAAACAAAAUUGUAUCGAAAAUGAAAUUGGUCACUCUCAAAUGCUUCUGCUUCCUUAAAAAAAAUUCCAUUUUGAUUUUAUGCGAAUGUAUUGUGCAGGUACUUUCUGCUUUGUCCUCAUUGCUUGCUUUAUCUGACAACAUGCCUUUUUUUUUUUUUUUUUUUUUUUUUUUUGCUUGGGGUAGGCCUCUGUUUAUGUUUUAAAUUAAAACGGCUGAAGACAAGUGAACUCUGGACAAGCGCGUGGCCUACCUGAAUCCAGGUGGGCUCAUUGAUAAUCACCUUUUCACUCACUUCAUGAUGCACAUUCAUGGUAUUCUGGUGCCAGCCUGUCCCCAGUGUGUUGAUGUGCCUGGCAGGCAAUGAGUGCAGCAGAAGAAAGAAAUCCUGUGUAUUGCAAUAAAACUGUUGUUUUGCAUUU